AUUUCCUCACUCCUGGUUUACUAUAUAUAUAUAAACCCUUAGGGCUUCUCACUAUGACACUUCCUUCAGCCCUGACACACAGAAGCAGACACUAUGGCCGGAAUAGCUUCUAAGCUGGCCAGGGAUAGAGCCAACACAUUGGGUAUUGGGACCAACGAGAACCCAAGGAAAUACCUAAACCAAGACUUUGAGGCUCUGCGGGCGCAGUGUUUGGCCUCUAAGACCUUAUUUGAAGACCCCACGUUUCCUGCCGCUCAGUCGUCUCUUGGAGUCAAAGAUCUGGGUCCCAACUCCGAGAAAGUACAAGGGCUUGUCUGGAAAAGACCCUCGGACAUUAAACCCAAUCCUCAGUUUAUUAAUGAAGGGGCAAGUCGUGCGGAUGUCCGCCAGGGGGCGCUGGGUGACUGCUGGCUUCUCUGUUCUAUCGCUUCUCUGACUCUGAACACGGAAUGUCUCUGCCGCGUUGUCCCCAUCGAUCAACACUUUGACACCGACUACGUAGGGAUCUUUCACUUUAAGUUCUGGCAGUACGGUGAGUGGGUGGAUGUUGUCGUGGAUGAUCGGCUGCCUACCAAGAAAUCAAAACUGCUGUUUGUCAAGUCUACCAGUGCCAGCGAGUUCUGGAGCGCCCUACUGGAGAAGGCCUAUGCCAAGUUGAACGGGUCAUACGAAGCCCUCAAGGGAGGUUUACCAUUAGAGGCCCUGGAGGACUUCACCGGUGGGGUCGGAGAUCAGUAUUAUUUUGAUAAAGCUCCAGAUAAUUUGUUUCAGAUCAUCCAAAAAUCCUUGAGACAGAGAUCGCUGGUCACAUGUUGCACUCAAUCUUCUGAUGGAACAGGAGAAAUCGUUGUCAGCACCAAUGUGGUGAAGAACCAUGCGUAUUCACUGACCGGAGCCGAAGAGAUCCCCUAUCGUGGUGACACUGUCCAGAUUGUGAGAGUGAGGAAUCCAUGGGGUUAUAAAGAAUGGAACGGAGCCUGGAGUGAUGGUGCACCAGAAUGGGAUGAAGUUGACCCAAACGUGAGAGCCGAUCUGAGAGUUGACUGUGAUGAUGGAGAAGCCUGGAUGCCAUUUUCUUCCUUUCUAGUGGAAUUUUACCUAGUGGAAAUUUGUCAUCUUUGUCUGGAUCACGUUUGCUCAAACGAUAAACAUAAAUGGUGUCUGACAGAAUACAACGGGAGCUGGACAGCUGGAUGCACCGCGGGAGGGUGCAAGAGCAACCCAAAUUUUUGGACCAAUCCUCAAUUCCAGAUCAAGCUGGAGGAACCUGAUGAGGAUCCCAUAGGGGGCACAGGAAGGUCUUUGUGUACGGUCAUUGUGAGUCUUAUCCAGAAGGAACGAAGAAGGAAGAAACCUGAAGGAGGAGAACUGUUUAGCAUUGGCUACUAUGUAUACAAGUAUCCAUCAAACGGUCAACUGGGCAAAGAUUUCUUCAAGAAAAACAAAGAAGUUGCUCGCACAGACAUUUACAGGAGUCAUCGAGGUGUGUCCAAGCGUUUCCAGCUCCCGGUUGGAGACUAUGUGGUUGUUCCUUCUACCUAUUAUUCAUCUGAAGAGGCCGAUUUCUGUCUACGUGUCUUCACUGAAAGAAAAGCUGAAACUCUGGAAAUUGGUAACAUGGUGGAGGCCAAUGUCUAUGAGCCUUUAAUGAACUCGUCCCCUGAUACAGAAGCUUCGAUGGCAGCAGAGGAACCGGACGAGGAGAAAGCUGAAUACACAGCGGAGGAUCUAAGAAGCUACAUAACCAACUUAUUAUCCAAACGUGAUGAGAUUAAGUCAGAUGGAAUCAGUGUAAAAACUUGUAAGGAAAUGAUAAAUCUCCUGGACGUGGACAAUACCGGGACACUGAGCAAUGAAGAGUUUAACAUUCUCUGGAAGAAGCUGGAACAUUACAUGGAAAUCUUCCUGGAAUCCGAUACCAACUCCUUUGGGACCAUUGAUGCCCAUGAAAUGCGGAUCGCCCUACAAAGAGCAGGUUUCAAUCUUAAUAACAGGAUUCAAGAAGUCAUCGUCCAGCGUUACGUCUCCGGUGAACUGAUGGUUAACUUUGAAGACUUCAUUGCAUGCAUGAUACGUUUGGAGACCUUGUUUAAAAUGUUUAACAUCCUGGGCACCGACAAGGAUGGAAACAUCAGUCUAUCAUUAUCUGAGUGGAUCUGUGCUGGAUUGGUUUAAAGAUGUCUUCCAUAACAAGCACGAAGCCCCCUCCGCUAUGACGGCAGAGCACAUAUCUAGUAUAUUUCCUUACUGUCCAGAAUCAUUUCAAAGACUGUAGAAAACCCCAUCUACACAUAGAGGCCAUACCUCUAUAUAUAUAGCCAAUGAUAGCCCCAUCAGAGCGCCCCCUCUGUCCGUAGAUUGCCUUUACCACUGCACAUACAUGACUCCUUAAAGGGGUACUCCGGUGAAAAACUUAUUUUUUAAUGAACUUAUUGAACU